AAACCUCAAGAGGCCAGAGCUCAUCGCAAAGCAUCAACGUUCAACCGGGAGAGCUUGGGGGUUAAUGGCAGCGCCAACGGCAACGAUCCAUGGAGGGUAUCAUCAACCCACCACUCUAGAAGAAGUCAGAACCCUUUGGAUUGGUGAUUUACAGUAUUGGGUUGAUGACAACUACCUCAGUUCCUGCUUCGCUCACACUGGCGAGGUAGUUUCAAUUAAAAUAAUACGCAACAAGAUCACUGGCCAGCCUGAAGGUUAUGGGUUUGUGGAGUUUGUUUCUCAUGCAGCGGCAGAAAGGAUUUUACAGACAUAUAAUGGGACACAAAUGCCUGGAACUGAACAAACUUUCAGGCUGAAUUGGGCUUCUUUUGGCAUUGGGGAGAGACGCCCUGAUGCUGGACCUGAGCAUUCUAUUUUUGUUGGGGACUUAGCACCUGAUGUUACAGAUUAUCUCUUGCAAGAGACAUUUCGAGCUAAUUAUCCAUCAGUUAGAGGUGCCAAGGUUGUGACUGAUCCAAGUACUGGACGUUCUAAGGGAUAUGGAUUUGUUAAAUUUGGUGAUGAGAAUGAACGAAAUCGUGCUAUGACUGAAAUGAAUGGUGUUUAUUGCUCAACCAGGCCGAUGCGUAUUAGUGCAGCAACACCAAAGAAGACCACUGGUUAUCAACAGCAAUAUACUGUAGCAAAAGCCAUAUAUCCAGUUCCAGCAUACACUACACCAGUCCAGGUGGUUACACCUGAUAGUGACAUCACUAAUACCACCAUCUUUGUUGGUAACCUGGAUCCUAAUGCCACAGAAGAGGAACUGAGACAAACAUUUUUGCAGUUUGGGGAGAUCGUCUAUGUCAAAAUUCCUGUAGGAAGAGGAUGUGGUUUUGUACAAUUUGGAACUAGGACAUCUGCUGAAGAAGCCAUACAAAGGAUGCAGGGGCAUGUGAUUGGUCAACAGCCGGUGCGCAUUUCUUGGGGCAGGAAACAGGAUGCAACGGGAAUUUGGGGUCAGCAAGUAGAUCAAUGGAGUGCCUAUUAUGGUUAUGGACAAGGUUAUGAUGUCUAUGGUUAUGGGGCAACACAAGAUCCAUCAUUAUAUGCAUAUGGUGCAUAUGCUGGUUAUCCACAAUAUCCUCAACCAGUUGAUGGUGUCCAGGAUAUGAGCGGUACUGUUCCAAUUGUAGAACAAAGGGAGGAACUUUAUGAUCCCUUGGCUGCUCCUGAUGUUGACAAGUUAAAUGCUGCUUACCUUUCUAUUCAUGGAAAUGCCAUAUUAGGCCGGCCCUUAUGGAUGAAAACAUCAUCACUUUCCCAACAAGCUUAGGCAUCAUGGCCCUUUCUCAAUUCAAACUUAUGGUAUUUGUUGAUAUUGUUCUAAAGAUUGCAGUAGACAGCUGUGUUGAGAAGUAUCCUUAGAUGAGGGAAAUCUGGUGCCUAGAGGGAGAACUAUAAAAACAUGCUCGAGAUAUGUCUAUUUUGCUCAGUGCUCACUAUGCAGGCAGAGUAAGAUUCUGGAGAGAGAACAUUUAAAUUUGAUAAACCCUUUUUUACUUGAGCAUUUAUUGUUGGAUUGUGGCUCUGUUUGUAAAGGAAAACUAGAUCCUUGGCACUUUGUGAUGGUUGGGAAGUCUCUGUUCUCUCUCAGGAAUAGCAAUUUUAGUUAUAAAAUUUUAGUUUCUAAA